CUGAAUCCCACGCGCACUAGGCCACGCGACUUCCUAAUCGAUAAGGCGCCUGAUCACCUGAUUGAGCUAAACCACUUCCAAAUAUGCUUCAUCCAAUAUCACCACUUGACGUCAAUCUCGUCCAGUCUGUCUCGGCAAACUUUCUUUUCGCAACCUACUGCACAUCGGGGACAAAAGGAAACCAUCUUACAGGACCGCCAUACAACUCGCUCAAAACGCGGCAUGCUACCGCGACCCAGCAGUCAGGUAGUGAUGGCAACCGGCUUCGAAACCGGACGCGUUGGUGCUUAUGCACACAUCGUGCCAUCCAAACUGCUAGCUACAUGAGCCCAUGCCUCAAGCUACUGCGUCUCAGCUGA